AUGGGUGUCGGGAAAGCUCCGCAAGAACUGGAGCUGACGAGCAUAUACGGCCGCACACUGCAGGAGCUGCCCCCGCAGGCGGAACGUGGCAUCAACCGGUUCUACGAGGCCCAGUGUACGAAGUACCUGCGCGAGCGGGAACGGUUGCAGCGUGUUGGCUGCCUGAAAAAGCCAUCGGCACGCUGGAACAAGCAGGAGUUGUACUUGAACUCGGAGCGUCUAGCCACGGCGAAAGAUGCCAGUCGACAGCAUCUGCUGCGGCACCCGCAGCUAGUUUCAGGCCACCAGCGCCUGCAGCAGGAGGAGCUGCUGGAGCUCCUGGCAAUGCAGCAUUUCCUCUGGAUCGACCUUGCAGACCUGGAUGAAGAUCCUGCAGCACGCUGUAGCGAGGAUCGGUUCACAGGUCCAGAAAACUCUGUCUGCGAGCAGCUGCUGCUCGAUGCCCCGCGAGAGCUUUUUGUCAUUGUUGCCUGGCUGCUCAGCUCCUGCUUUGUCUGA